AGACCUUCAAAGCAUUCAAACGAAACUCCUCUCUUCUCCAAUGUGAAUUCCAAACACCCCCUUAACAGUUAAUAAAAAGUAAAUGAAAAAUAUUGAAGCUAGUUUUGCCCACAAUCUUCUCUCUCCAACUGUUUCUCUCACCUUUUAGAAUCUCUUUCUUCUUCUAGUCAACAAUCCAGUCAUGGACGGUUUUUCAGGGGCAGCCCGAGGUUCGCCCAUCAGGUUGGGAAGCCUAAUCCGAGUCGCAGGCAAUAGUGGCGGCGGCGGCGGCGGCGGCGGCGGUGGUGGUGGUUCUGCUGCUGCUUCCUUCUCAUCAAACGAGUACAAGGUUGCACUGCGUUACAAUCACGGUGAUGAAAUCAAUGCUUCUAAGGAGUUAGAGAACAUUAAAAGGAGAUGUGAGAGGGACAACUUGUUUGGUGCAAUUGUGAUGGUAACCGUCAACAAGAGCCCUAAUUUGAGGGAAAUUCAACAUCAGAUUGCUGACAAGUUAGGGAUUCGCCUUGAUGAUGAUCAUGAAGAAAGAAAGAAGACAGUUUGGCAUUGCGGUGCCAGCAAGAAGAAAGAAGCUGCAAUAAUAAGCGAAAAUGCUAAGAAAAUAUCUGAAACCAUCCAUAAUCAACUGCAGCAGAUGGACGUUCUCUUCAUCCUCUCUAAUCUUCAUGAAAGCCUUGAUUUGGAGAUACUUGGAAUCCCAGUCGGUGCUGGCUGCAAAUGCAUUUUCACGUCGGAGAGUGAAGCGGUACUGCUCAAUCAGAUGAAUUGACACCUUGUGUGUAAGUUCUGAAGGCAAAUUAAAGAGGUUUGAAUUUGAUAUUAGAAUAAAAUAAACUUGUCUGUCUGUUGAACAUAUUUAUAUAUUUUAAUUUGUCUAGUGUGUUGGGUGGAUUAUUGUUAUGUCAGAUGUGGGCAUUUUGAAUAAAUUGGUUGAUGCUAGCUGAUGCUUUCUUCUCUCGUA